CCAGGGACCGAUCAUCUCGAAAACUAAAGCAUUUACGAUGCUUCGGCCCACAAACAAUGUGGUUUCGGGUUGAUCAGAGUCUUUUGGCUGUGUGUUGGGCUGUCUGCCUACUGUAUUGUACUGUGAGAAGGCAGGCAGAUAGGGGGCACCUCACCAAAAUCUCCCGCUCAACUCCACAUUCAACCCCCCCACCAAUGUACCUUCUAACUUCAACGCAUUUUAAAACCGACCACAGGAUUUAAACAUCUGAUUGCUUUAUUUAUUGAUUCUAUUUUCGGUUAGUUUAUGGUUUGUGUUUUUACACUCCGGGAGGGCAGAAAUGGCCGCCAACAUGUACCGGGUCGGAGACUAUGUAUUCUUUGAGAAUUCCUCCAGCAACCCUUACCUGAUCCGCCGGAUAGAAGAGCUCAACAAGACGGCCAGUGGCAAUGUGGAGGCCAAGGUGGUGUGUUUCUACAGAAGGAGAGACAUCUCACACAGCCUCAUACAGUUGGCUGACAAACAUGCGAAGGACUUAGAGGAGGAGAAAGAGGAGGAGAAAGAGAGUCCGUUGGAGGCAGAGCUGACAGACAAACAGAAACACCAGUUACGCCACAGAGAACUGUUCCUCUCCCGUCAGUAUGAGAGUCUACCAGCCACACACAUCAGGGGGAAGUGUAGUGUGGCAUUAUUGAAUGAGACUGAAGCUGUCCUCUCCUACCUGGACAAAGAGGAUACGUUCUUCUACUCGCUGGUCUACGACCCUACCCAGAAGACACUGUUGGCUGAUAAAGGAGAGAUCAGAGUGGGACCACGCUUUCAGGCCGAUGUACCUGACAUGCUACAGGAGGGGGAAUCAGAUGAGUGGGACCAGUCAAAGUUAGAGGAGAAGCUGUGGGAUCCUGAUUGUCCUCUCUCCAGCAAACAGAUUGACCAGUUCCUGGUGGUUGCACGGGCGGUGGGGACGUUUGCCAGAGCGCUGGACUGUAGCAGCUCGGUCAGACAGCCCAGUCUACAUACGAGUGCAGCUGCCGCCUCCCGAGACAUCACACUGUUCCAUGCGAUGGACACGCUGCAUCGUCAUGGUUACGACCUGUCCAGUGCGUUGAGUGUGUUGGUGCCGUCCGGUGGGCCGGUGCUGUGUCGGGACGAGAUGGAGGAGUGGAGCGCCUCGGAGGCAGCCAUGUUUGAGGAGGCUCUGGAGAAAUACGGAAAGGACUUCAACGACAUAAGACAAGACUUUCUACCGUGGAAGUCUCUGACCAGUAUAAUAGAGUAUUAUUACAUGUGGAAGACAACAGACAGAUAUGUACAGCAGAAGAGACUGAAGGCAGCAGAGGCAGAGAGCAAACUGAAACAGGUUUACAUCCCCACAUACAAUAAGCCCAAUCCUAACCAGAUCUCAGUGACCAAUGGGAAGAUGGCGACGGUGAAUGGGGCGGGGCCUGGAGCCUACCAUGCAGCGGGGGGAGGACGGGCCUGCGAGAGCUGCUACUCAAUGCAAUCAGCCCAGUGGUACUCGUGGGGGCCGCCCAACAUGCAAUGUCGCCUGUGUGUCUCGUGCUGGAUGUACUGGAAGAAGUACGGUGGCCUUAAGAUGCCAAGCAGAGCGGAGGCGCCUGAGGAGAAGACCCCACCAAGCCCUGUGCCCAACGAGCCUCGGUCGCGUGGCCAUGGCCCCCGCCAGUCCAGUCACAUGGUGCCGGUGCGUAACAGCGGCAGCCCCAAGUCCUCCACGAAGACCAAGCAGGCCUUCCUGCUGCAGGCCACCCGCCUCACCAAGCUGGCACGCCACAUGUGCCGCGACAUCAUCAGACUGCGACGCGCUGCGCGGCGCCCCUUUGUGCCCAUUAACUGUGGCGCCAUAAAGGCAGAGUGUAAGAGCUCCUUCAAUUCCUAACUUCUGCCUCAUGACACACACACGCACGUACCCACACACACACACGUACACACACACGUACACACACACACCGCCCCCCUCCUUCACCUUGACACCCCCCUUUUCACCCCACCUCGCUGUCCCCCCCCCUCCCUGUCUGUCUCUCUCUCUGUUUUUGUUAUAUUGUAUUAUAUUAUUAUUAUUAUUUUGGUUUUUGUAUUCUCCCCGGUUUCAAUAAAGACUGCCUGUCCUCAUGA